AUGGCCAUGGCAACGACUCUACAACAAGAUCAUAACUCCCCUAUGAGAGCUGUAUCUGAAAAAUUACGAAAUCUCCAUAUAAGUCCCAAAGAAUCCUCAUCGUCUAAUCUUGAAAAUAUGGGCGAUUCAAAUAGAACCACAGUAAAGACUGCAACUAGAGUCCCCACUUCUGAAGAGGAAAAGAAAAGGUUUAAAUCAUAUAUGCAAAAUGAUAAAUUUGCAGAGUCAAAAUUUGUAUCACAAGAUGAGAUGCAAACUUGCAUUCCCGAUGGUUCUGCGAAUAUAAUCAGGCCAGUGUCGAAUGGUACAAUCGAAUAUGGGACUGUCCAGAGAGGUAGACGUGCAUUAUCGGGGACUACUAAGAAUGAUGAUAUAGCUCAAUAUAAGCAGUAUUUUGUGACUCAUAACGAAGACAGUAACAACAAUAACAACAACAACAGUAAAAAUAGUACGUCUAAUAGCAAUAAUACUAGAAUCAGUAGGAAGAAAGACCCGGAAUCUGAUUUGAUCGUCAAUGCCUCAUUAAAUGAUAUAUCUGGUGUUCCAAAUACUUUUAAAAGAUAUCAAGACGCCAAACAAGCAAAUACAACUCAAAAAAUAUCUAUUGAUAACCUCCAUUCAACUUCUGAUUUAGAUAAUAGUGACCCGAGACCGGAAGCUUACAAAAUAUUUGAUAAUGUAUUAAAGAAUAAACGUUUUAAAAAUCCAAUAAUCGCAAAUAGUACAGAACAAGAUAUUAAUGUAUCUAAAACUCGUCAUACUACGGCUAAUAAUACUAAUACUGUUAAUGGUGAUGAUAAUGAGAAAUUACAAAUACAUUCGAGGAAAUCACCUCUUAAAUCAUCUUCAUCUUCGAUAUCAUCUUUAUCAUAUUCAACUUCCUCAAUAACGAAUUCUUCAAACUCCGCAAAUGUUCAAAAUUCGUUCUUAAAUUCAGGAUAUCCAGAUUUUAACAUUAUGGAUGGAAAUCCAAAUAAAUCACCUAUACCAUUAAUUAAACCUGAAAACUGUGGACUUAUAUUUGAAAAACAAACCGGAGUCUGGACAGACAAGGAGAAGAAUCUAAAUGAGGAUAUAUCUAGUAGUCAUGCAGUCGAUAACUCAACAUCUAACGCUUUAAAUUCAUAUGACACUUCAGAUUUACACAAGUUAUCCAAUACGAGAGAUCAAAUUACUAUAGAAUCGACUUCUAAUAGAACAGAAUAUCCUGAUGAAACAGAAUAUCCUGAUGAUACAGAAAUUCAACCCCCAUUAUUUAAUGAAAAAUACCUUUCAAAUCUUAAUAAUAAUGAUGAUAAUACUACUACUACUACUAAUAAUAAUAAUAUUGAUAUUAAUAAUACUAACAGUAACUAUAAUAAUAACAUUCAAGGAAUUAAUCAAAAUUGUAAUAAUUCAAAGGGUUCCACCAUCACUCAUAAUAAUAAUAAUAAUAAUAAUAACAUUGAAGGAAUGAUAAACGAUACCCAGCAUCAUAUUGCCAAUACCACAGGUAUAUCAGAAGUAGAUAUUUCAUUCCAACAAAGUACAAUUACAUUCAUUUCCGAAUUAAUAAACAUAAUGCCUCAUAAACAAGAAUGGUUUAAAAUUUCGCAACUUAUAAUCAAUGAUAAAUCGAUAACUAAUGUUGUUGGUUUAGAAAAAUUAAUGCCGCAACUUUUAUCAUGUAAUCUAGACAAUAAUCAAUUGGAAUCAUUACAAGGUAUACCAUCGAAUGUUUUACAUUUAUCAUGCUCAAAUAAUAAUUUAUCCAAUUCAAAUUGUUCACUGGAACAUUUACCAAAUUUGGAAACUUUAAAUUUAUCCAAGAAUAAUAUUUCAUCUGAUUUAUCCAUUUUAGUAUCAUGCAUCCAUUUGAAGGAUGUUAACUUAUCAAAUAAUCGAAUUAGAUCAUUAGAAGGUAUUAACACUUGUCAAGUCAAAAGAUUAAAUUUAGCGAAUAAUAAUAUAUCAGGUACAAUUAAUUUUAAAGAUUUAAUUAAUCAUUCAAUGAAUUCAUUUAAUUGUUGGUCUCAAAUUGAAGAAUUAGAUUUAUCUGAUAACCAAAUCGUAUCGAUUAUCAAUAUAUCCUCUUUACCUAAAUUGAGAAAACUAUGUGUAGAUAACAAUCCAAUUGAAUAUCUUUAUGAGGAGGAACCGGAAUCAAAAGUAACUAUGAAAGAAGAGCAAUCACAAUAUAAACAUUUCACCAAUUCCAACUUUAAAUUCAAAUCCAAUUUAGAAAUAUUAUCGUUAUUAGAAACCUCAAGUACAUUAUUACAAAUUGGUAAUAUUCCAACGAUAUUACCCUUUCCACAUUUAAAGUCGCUACGAAUUGAUGGAUUUUUCCCCGGACUAAAUAAAUUAGAUUCCCUUCCUGAGACAUUAGAAAGUUUAAUGAUUAAUAAUGGUAAUAUGGCAAGAAUGUUUGAUUUCCAUAUCCUCCCUAAAAGAUUAGAACGAUUAAGAUUGAAUAAGAUAAUAAAUUUUACCCGAUUACCUAACAAUUUCCAAUUUAUAUGUCCAUUAUUGAAAGAAUUAAAUUUAAAUGAUAAUGAAUUAGAUGAUUUCCAGAAUUUUAUUCAUAAUGUUCCAGCAUUUAAUCUUCAAGAAUUAAGUAUUGUCAACAAUUCGUUUUUCCCUCAAGUAAGGGAUAUCAUUGAAAAAGAUGGUACAAAUGUUAACCCAGAGGUUAUACUAAAGUCCAUGAAGGAUGAAUUUAUAAUUGCAAUACGAAUGACCUGUCCCGAUAUUAGAGAGUUGAUCGUUUAG